AUUAUGUGUCAUAUUUUAGGUAUGGUGACUGCAGUUGGUCUCUCUAAUUUACAAUUUGUAAAUCUUAACUCUUCUAGAAAUCUAUUUGUUAUUGGUGUUCCGUUAGUGUUUGCAUUAUCUGUACCAAUCUGGAUGAAUGAACAACAACCAUCACCUAUUAAUACAGGCAGUGUUAUUGUAGAUCAGAUAUUUACAGUAUUAUUGAGCACCAACAUGUUUGUGGCAGGUUUAUUGGCAUUUUUCUUAGAUAACACAAUUCCAGGGUCAGAAGAAGAAAGAGGAAUAAAAGCUUGGCGGGAAAAAGACAAAAAUGCAUCUGACGACGGAAGUUCAUCACAUGUUUAUGAUAUACCAUUUAUACAAAAAUAUCUAGACAAAUUAGCAUGCUCAAAAUAUGUUCCUAUCUUACCCAAUUUCAAGGGAGAUAAAUCUGAAUCG